AGCCCGAUAUUAAGAAGAGAAUAGAUCAUAUUUCUUAAUAUAGUGACUACUUUAAUCUAUUUAGUGACCAUUUUAAUCUAUUUAGUGACCAGUUUAAUCUAUUCAUUAAUAACAUUCUUUAAUUCAUUUAGUGACUGAUUUAAUCCAUUUAGUGACUAGCUUAAUCCAUUUUGUAAGACUGACGGACUAUUUUUAAAAAUUGAUUGUUCUAAUUCGAAAUUUAGAAGGGAAAUAAAAGAAGGAGAAGAGAAUGGACGACUAGGAUGGUGCAAGAUACCUAAAAAUAGUGUUAGGUUAGAGAGAAAUUGAAUGGGCUUCUUAGGAGAACGUAGGUUUGCAUUGUCUAAUUUUAUAUUAAAAUUAGACCGUCUAUUAUAAUAAUUUGUGAAUAUAAAAUAUGCGAAUAGUGUAAAAUUCAAAGCGUGAACUUUUUAAACCAAGAGUAUAUAAACAAAGAGUAAAAAGUAAAAUUGGAAUUAAGGCCAUUAUGUCAAUUUUUGGUUCCCUCUAAAUCAUCAACAAAAAAAAUUAAACAGCCCAAGAAAGAAAGAAGUCCAAUUCAUAAAACCCCAACGUAAACCCUUUGGCUUUGGCCCCACAAUUUUGAAUUCAAAAAUAAAGAACUAAAACUAUAACGUUAACUUCCCAUGCCUUAGGUUCGGACACAAGCCUAAACUCUUCAAAUGACUCUCCCACCAUUCGAUCAAAAAUUAGUUGUGUGAUUAAAAAUAUAAACUCAAUUCUUUAGGCUCGGACUUUACUUAAUACUCUGAAAAAACCCAAAAAAAAAAAAUUACAACAAUCAAAUCAAGGUAACAUAAAAAUGGCAUUAAUGGCGGAAACUGCUAGAAGUGGGGAGCUGCAUGAUUUUCAUUUAGCAUCAAGAAAAGCUGAAGAAGCAGGUCUUAGGAGACAUCAGGCAGUCCACUGGCUAGAAUGUUUUGUGGGUCACCUUGGCAUUCAUAGUGAACCAUCUGAGAAAGAGUUCAUUUCUUGCUUGAGAAAUGGCAUCAUAUUAUGCAAUGUAAUUAACAAAAUCCAACCUGGGUGUAUAUCCAAGGUUGUGGAGAAUAAUGAGCCUGUGACAUCUGAAUCAACAAUAUGGGAUUCGAAGCCGUUGCCUGCUUAUCAGUACUUUGAGAAUGUUCGGAAUUUUCUUAUGGCAGUCAAAGAAUUGAAGCUUCCUGCAUUUGAAGCUUCUGAUCUUGAAAGGGAUAAUUUUGAGGCAGAAUCAGCUGCUAGGAUAGCUGAUUGCAUUCUAGCACUUAAAUCUUAUCAUGAGUGGAAAGAGUGGAGUGGGGGGAAAGGAGUCUACAAGCAUGUAACAGUUAAAUCUCCACUCGUUCUGCAAUGUGCUGCCAAAAACUUCUCUCGACCACUAAGCACGAUUUCUGCUCAACCUUGUCGGCGUCUGAACAUGUCUGCUGUGGAUGAGAAACAGUCUCUUACAGAUUCCAUUGUCAAGGCACUUACAAACCAUAUGGUUGAUUCGAAGGAAAAUAUCAAUGAUAAUUUUCUUACUACUUUCCACAAUGGAAGCCAGGGGCCAGUCCAACUUUUUAAUGAGAUUUUGUCAAGUUGUUUGGAGGAGAAAUUAAAAAAUAAAUUUCCAACGCUUAAAUCUUGCUCUCAAGAUAGCUCUGGAGAAAAAGGAGGAUCACAUGCUCCAGAACCUGUGCUCAAGGAAAAUUUAUCCAUUCUGAUGAGCCCGGAGCCAUUGCAGAGCCACAAAGCUCAGAGCAGAAAAGGCAGCACGGAAUAUUGGCAUAGGCUGCAAAGUCAAGAACGGGACCUUUCAAAUAUUAAAGCCUUAUGGUGCAAGACAAAGGGAGAGUUUGAAGGCUUACAAUCUCAGCUGUUGAAUGAUUUAAUGCAAUUAGGAAACCUUGUCGAAGAGAUGUCUGGUCCUGCAUCUGGUUACCAAAAAGUUAUCCAAGAGAAUAGGAAGCUAUACAACAUGGCCCAAGACUUAAAGGGAAAUGUCAGAGUCUACUGCAGGAUCAGACCCAUCGUUAAUACAGAAGCAAAAAAUGUGGUAGAUUUUGUAGGGAAUGAUGGCUCACUUGUGGUUCUUGAUCCCUCAAAACCAAGACCUGAUGGAAGAAAAGUCUUCCAGUUCAAUCGGGCAUAUGAUUCAACAGCUACACAAGACGAGUUGUUCAAGGAAAUUCAGCCACUGAUCAGGUCUGUCAUGGAUGGCUACAAUGUGUGCAUUUUGGCUUAUGGCCAAACUGGAUCUGGCAAGACACACACUAUGUAUGGUUCAUCAGGUAUCUCAGAAAAGGAGAUGGGCAUCAACUUCUUUGCUUUGAAUGACCUUUUCCAAACAGCUGAUAGGAGGCAAGACAUAAAUUAUGAUGUGCGCGUUCAGAUGGUUGGGAUAUACAAUGAAGAAAUACAAGAUCUUCUGGCUGAAGAUCCUGCAUCUAAUGGUGAAUCAAGUCAUCAAAAUGUUAUAUUCCGUUCUGUGAAGUCAAGUAUUGAGGCUAUCAAUUUAGUAAAAUGUGGCGAAAGAACACAUAUGGGAGUCAAUACUUUGAAGAUGAACAACUUAAACAGUCAUUCUCAUAGCGUUGUGACUGUACACGUACAUGGCAAGGAUGUGUCUGGAAACACCUUCCGUGGUUGCCUUCACUUGGUAGAUCUUGCUGCUAGUGGAGAGGAUGACAAGUCCCUCAUCUGCUUGGAAGAUGUCAUAACUUCGUAUUCCCAGAAAAGUUCCAGCACUCAUCAAAGAAACAGUACUAAACUUACAUCACUUUUGCAAGAUGCUUUAGGAGGAAAUGCAAAGGUAGUGGUGUUCGCACAUGUGAUUCCAGACGGAGAUAAAUUCGCAGAGACAAUUAGUACGUUGAAGUUCACACAGAAGAUCUCAACUAUUGAGCUCGGAGCUGCUCAGUCAAACAAAAAGAACAUAGAAGUAAUGGAAUUAAAACAAGAGAUUGAGAUCCUGAAGACUGCACUAGGAGACCAGGACACCAGAAGUCCACUGCCUAAUAGGCAGCUGAGAUCACCUUGUGAUAAAUCCAGAACAGUAGUCGAAAAAAGUCCUGUGAAAACGCGAAGAUUGAGCAUGGAAAAUCCAGGAAACAUGAAAUCUGAGAAGAUGGCAAAAUCACCUUUAGAGAAACGGAAAACAACAAUCGAAAAUCCCAGUGCCAGAAAGAUUGAUAAACUCUCUAAUGCACCAAUAGGUAGAAGCAAAGAGCCUAAAUCACCAACUGCGAAACCAAUGCUUGAAGGGUCCUUCCCAAGAUCCCGAAGAUUGAGCAUUGAAGAUCCCAUGAUUAACAGAAGUGAGAAAAAACAAAAGCUGAAGGAACCCAAAUCUCCUUGUGAAGGAAAAAACUUACUAAGAAAGCAAACUCCUCUAAGAUCUCGCCGCCUGAGCAUUGAGAAUCCUAAUAUGAAGCCUAUAGCUGACAUCAGAAAGAGCACUAAAACACCACAGACUUCUCUUCGUGCUCGAAGAUUAAGCUUGGAAGGGCCAAAGGAUUGUGCAAUGAAGAGCUUGCAUUCAGUUGAUGUUGUCAGUUCUAAGGAUUAUAUCAGCAUUAUGGAAUUUCCUAAGAGCCCACCACCUGCGGCUUGUAUAAAUAAUGGACCAACUUUCACAGAUUGUGCCACAAAAUAUCCAUCAUUACAACCACCAAAAACACCCGAACAGCAAAAACUUGACAGGGGUGAGAUGCAAACUCCUGGCAUUGCAAAAAGUACAAGUAGGAAGGGAUCCCAUAUCAAAAGAUCACUUAGAAGUAUUGGGAAGUUGAUCAAUGGCUCUGAGAAAAGGAGCCAACACAAGGUUGAAUCAUCGACAAUAAAGGGAAAAGACAUUACUAGAGAAGCAAAAUCACCCCCAACAGCUAAAGCAAGAGCUCAGAGGAGACAGUCACUAACUGGCAUUCCUCUACCACCAGGUUUAGAUAGAAGAACUUCUCUUGGAGGCACAUCGACUGAUGCUCGUUCAAAUGACAGUAGGAAUGCAAGAACGCCUCCUCCAGUGCGCUCAUCAACAACCAAGAUAACAAAUCGUUGGAUGUAGAUAGAUGCAUGAUGCUUCGACUUGAAGCACACAUUAGCUGAUAAUUUGAUGUAGGAUUAGUGGAGAACACAAUUUGACAAGGGAGGUUGAGGGAAAUAAUGAUAUUGAUGUAGAUAGAAAAUGUACUACACCACAAUAGGAAUGUGGUGUAUUUAUCUUGAAUAUUAAUUUUUUUCAAAUAUAAAUUGUUGGUCUA